AUGUCGGCUAUUCUCCGGGUGUGUGUCCUUUCCUUCGUUUCAAGACCUGGUUGUUUGCCAACUAGUGCAUUUCGCCUGUCCACUGAGACGGCAGAGGCGGAAGCCGGAAGCUCUGAGAUCCACGGCAGCAACCUUCGGGCAGAAGAAGGAGAAGAAGUGACAAGCCUAAGGCUCUCUGGCGAGGCUUCCCUGACCCAAUCUCUCGCCACCGCCGAGCCCGCCUCAGAACCCGAAACUGCCGAAAAUGGCGCCCCAGCUGAUGAGUGCGAGAGGCCGCUGAGGAUCCUGGAGAAGCAGGUGGUCGCCUUCUGCCGGGAGCUUCAGCCCUUGCUGAAGAGUGGCGCGUUCAAAUGGCUGACGUACGUCACCGACGUCGACUCAACGGACAUGGCAAUGAAGAUCAUGCAUGCCUUUCGCUGGGGCAAGCGCGAUGCCUCCCACGGCCUGCUCUUCACAAAUCGGUCCUUCCAUGACAAAAACUCCACGCUGCUGCUCUGGAGCGGCGUCCGCCCAGAGUCACGGGCUCGGUGCUGCAAGGCCCUAAAUACGUACAUGCUGCACGCUGGCAGCAACGACGACCUGCAGACGCCCUUCGGGCGACUCAUCGAAGAGACAAGAGAUCGACAUGGCGAUCUCCUUGGAGGCUGCACGUGGCCUCAGAAAGAGCCGAUCUGGCAGACGGCCUCCGAUGCUGUGGUGUGGCGCAAUGGCGACGCCCUUGUCCGAUUCUUGGUCAACAAGUCGCUGGUCAAAGAGACGUGGACCCUGCGGGAAAGCAUCUUCUAUCGCGCGGAGCUCCCCGUUUUGGCCAAAUACCCACCCGCUCAGGGCUUCAGGGUCCUGAAUCUUCACAAAGAGGUUCGAUGCCUCCACCUGAUGCCGAUCAUCCGCCACAAGAUCGAGCAAAACGGGCUCUUGGAUGCUUGGCGGCAGGUGAAGACUUUCUCAUGCGUGGACACCACGGGCGAGCUGCAGGAAGACCUGGAGGAUUUGGACAGCAAGGCUCUGGAGUUCCUGAAGCCAGGGGAGCAGGUGAAGCGCGAAUGCGCCAUGAGCUCUUUGACAGCGGCCGUAUACCAGCAGUGCCGUGCCCAAGGCCAUGUCGACUUUGAGUUCUUUGAGACCGCGGCAAGGCAAUUCCCGACAGACUACAGUCCGGACAUUGAGAGCCUGCGACUGCCGGAUCUCGUGAGGGAUCGCCCGCAGCUCCUCCUGAUCCUGCCUGACGUCAUGGAGAUGUUUGACACCACUAUCUCAUCCGAGUUGUGCCUGGCGCAGUUUGCGGACCAAAGCAUCAAGGCAAGGCUAGAUGCAAACCUGCUGCACCAAGCCUGUCGGGAAGCCCACGCAGCACUGCCGAAACUCCGGCAGGACCUGGCUGUUGGCUCCCUCCAGGUCCGCAUAGCUGCUGUUAAGGUCCUGGGAGCCAUGGGCAAAGAGGCAGUGGGAGCACUGCCGGAGCUGCAGAAUGUUUUCAGGGGCUCCAAGUCGCCGUUUGUCCGUGGAGCUGCCGCUACAGCCUUGGGGGCCAUUGGCAAAGAGGCAGCGGGAGCAGUUGUGCCAGAGCUGCGGCAAGCCCUCAAAGACUCCAACGCGAAUGUCCGCGCAGGUUCCGCUCAGGCCUUGUGGGCCAUGGGCAAAGAGGCAGUGGGAGCAAUGCCGGAGCUGCAGUAUGCCCUCAGAGACUCUGAGUGGCUUGUCCGCGCAGCCGCCGCGAUGGCUCUGGGGUCCAUGGGCAAGGAGGCAGUGGGAACAGUGCCGGAGCUGCAGAACGCCUUGCAAGACUUGCAUGAGGGUGUCCGUGCUGCUGCUGCCAGGGCCCUGAGCGCCAUUGGCAAAGAGGUAGCGGGAGCCGAGCCCGAGCUGCGCGAGGCCGUCAACGACACCAGCUAA